AUGCCACAGGGUGGAGUUUUAUCCCCGCUACUAUGGGACGUAGUAGUGGAUAGCCUUCUGCGGCGUCUCAAUGAGGCCGGUUUCUACACGAUAGGAUAUGCUGAUGACCUGGUCAUUCUGCUUACAGGAAGACACGAAGAAGUGCUAUGCAGUUUAAUGCAGACUGCACUCUCUGUAGUCGAAAAAUGGUGUACGGAGCACGCUCUCUCGGCCCAUCUUUGUUACGGUGUGGUUGUCUGGUGGCCUCGGGUCAGACAGAAAAACGAAACAAAGCGCAUUGGGCACUUGCAAAGACUUAUUUGUCUUGCAAUAACCGGCGCUAUGAGAUCGACUCCUACGGCUGCAAUAGAGGUAGCCCUUUGCAUCCCUCCUCUCGACAUGUUCGUGGAGGAGGCUGCUUUAGAGGCUGCCAUAAGAUUGCGAGCUGCGGGACAAUGGAACAUGAAGGGUAGGGCAGCGCGACACACCCGCAUUUUGACAGAGGCAUCCGAGAGGAUGCCUCUUCUAAAUCUGGGUACAGAUCGUGCACCCGCGAAAUACGUUUUCGAAAAACCCUACAGCAUCAUGCUCACUUCCGAAGAGCAAUCAACAAAACCGGACAUCUGUAUCUACACGGAUGGUUCGAAAAAUAAUACCGGUUCAGGGUCGGGAAUAUACUCUGAAGACCUUUUGGCGGAGUUAGCGAAAGAAAAUGUUGAUGAGCUCGCGUGGGUCAAAGGACAUGAUGGAAAUCCUGGAAACGAGGAGGCGGAUAAACUGGCGCGCUUCGGCUCAGAGAGACCAACCUCUGGUCCUACGCCGAAUGUGGCACUAGCCACGACUACCUUUCGUGCCAUGAUAAAGCAAGACACACUGUGCAAACAUACUGCUAGGUGUAAAAAGACCGAAGGCUGCAUGCAGAGUAAAGCUGCAAUGGCUAAACCCUGUAUGAAAAGAGCCAAAUACUGCCUUGAUCUCUCCAGAGAUAAACUCCGGAGACUCAUUGGAAUAUGGACGGGACACUGCCGUCUAAAUCAGCAUCUCCAGAAAAUGGGUGCCGUCGACGAUCCCACAUGCCGGGGAUGCUUAGAAGAUGACGAAUCAGCAAGACACGUGCUUUGCUACUGUCCGGCACUCGCAUCAACGAGAGGAUCUAUGCUGGGGGAUUUCUGGUCUAGUAUGGCCAGUAUAGGCAGCACUCCACCCGGGAAGAUCCUCAAGUUCAUCGACACUGUCGGCUGGCUUGAGGAAUAA